GAAACAUAUUUUGAGACCGUCACACGGGCUUGAUAGUAAAAAAAAAAACAGGAAUCAAAUAGAAAGCAUAAUAUGAGUACUAAUAUCACUGUGAAUACGAAAGACCGGAUAAAUAAUAAAAGGAAAGAUAACAAUGGAAUACAUAAAGUGAUUUAUUCUCUAAGACCACUGUUUAUCUUCGAACAUAUUUUUGGAGUGUUUAGAUUUCGGAUCAAAAAUAGAGAUUUGAUAUCAACUGACUGGAGAAUUAAAGGAAUUGGAUUAGUUUUGGCGAUGAUUUUUACUGGCAUUUAUGGAUCAUUUCUUCUCAACUGGAAGCCUUCAUUUCAACAGAAAAUUACAACAAUAACUUCAUUAAUUACGAUUUUAGAAUAUUCUAGCUCGGUUGUAUGUUUCAUAUUGUAUAUUGCAGUUGUAAUAAUUCAUUUGUUAUUAAGGAACACUGUCAACGUUCGUAUUAUCUCAAAUUUUGCGGAAAUAGACUCAAGAUUAAACCUCACCGUGAUGGAAAGCUUUUACAGAACGGCAAGGAACUAUAAUUACACCAUUAUUAUUGCAACACUCGCCAUAAAUUCGGUAUACUUCAUGUGGUACCGGUACUCCUUGAGUAGAAAUGUCACAGAUUUUAUUUAUUUUUGUUUUGUCGGCAGCACAUACACGUUGCAUGACGUUGAAAUUUUGCUUGUAUGUGUCUUGGUUCACAUGCUUAAAGUCCGACUGGUUAUACUUAAUAAAUGUCUCGAUGGGCUUGUCAGAGAAAAUAAAAUACAAGUGUGA